CCAAGUAUGUGAGGAGCCGGCGAGGGCCAGCGCCGGUCAUGGGGAGCCGCCGCCGCCUCCGCGAGCGCGGUUUUCUCCGCAGCGGGGCUCCCACCUCUCCCCCCGGCGGGGGUGAGCCUCGCGGCUAAGGCAGAGGGGAUGGCGGACCCUCUGAGGAGGACGCUGUCCAGGCUCAGGGGAAGGCGGGGUCCUCGCGGCACCGGGGGGCUAGGGCUCCGGGCGGCAGCCGCAGCUGCGGUGGCGGCCUCUUCGGCAGCCGCGGGAGACGCGUGGGGUGCCGCAGACACCCCCCCACGUGAGCACGCCGGGGGAGCCGGGCCGAGCCUACAGCAGCCCUCGCUGUCACCUGAGGCGUGGGGUCCCGGGGCGCGGGUCCCCGGAGGGCACCCGGAGCAGUUGGGGGCGCUCGGGCCUCGGCCGCGCGGCGGGCAGGAGGCCGCCCCCCGGAGCCAUGGGCUCGCCCACGCCCCUCCGCACUCCCCGGAGGGCUCCGAGGGCAGCGGAGAGGAGGAGGAAGAGGACGAGAACGAAGACGACUACGAUGCCGACUACUACGAAAACCUGCCCGGCAGCUCGCAGUCUGCGCCCGAGCCUGAGGGGGCGGAGGCGGAACGGCGUCCCCCGCCUCCCCCAGCGGCGGGCUCCUCCCUGGGGGCGGAGGGCGGCCUCCUGGAGACAGGCAGGCUGCGGACCCAGUUGCGAGAGGCCUAUUAUCUGCUGAUCCAGGCCAUGCACGACCUGCCCCCUGACUCGGGCGCGCGGCGGGGUGGCGGGGGCUUGGCUGAUCACGGCUUCCCCGCGGGAGCCCGGGCUCCGGGCCAGCCGCCUUCCCGCGGCGCCGCGGAACGCCGAGCCUGCCCCCGAGACGGGGAGCGGGGAGGGGGCGGACGCCCUCGGCAGCAGGUGUCCCCGCCCCGGUCGCCUCAGAGGGAGUCGCGGGGAGGCCAGCUGCGGACUCCUCGGAUGCGGCCGUCCUGCAGCAGAAGCCUCGAGAGCCUCCGGGUGGGUGCCAAGCCGCCUCCCUUCCAGCGGUGGCCGAGCGACAGCUGGAUCAGGUGCGGCGCGCACGGGGACUGGGACGAGCCCCCGCCACGUGGAGGCAGGAUGGAUGGCUGGAGUGGGGACCGCGCCCGGGCGGCUGCACCCACCGGCCUCCAGCCUUCAGGCUCCAAGAACCACGGCUGCUCCUCGGGAAGCCCUUUCAGGGAUCCAGCGGGGUCCUCUGUGAUACGCGGCGGCAAAGGAGACCGCCAGGAAGGCCCCUCCUUCCUCAAGCCGCCGGCAGUGACAGUCAAGAAGCUGCAGAAGUGGAUGUACAAAGGGCGUCUGCUGUCUCUGGGAAUGAAGGGUCGUGCCCAUAGGACGGCCCCCAAAGUCACAGGAACGCAGGCAGUCUCCCCAAAUGUGGGAGCUUUGAAAGUGCGUGAAAACCGUGUCCUGUCGGUGCCUCCAGACCAAAGAAUUACGCUGACAGAUUUAUUUGAAAAUGCCUAUGGGUCUUCAAUGAGGAGAAGAGAACUUGAAGAUCUGAAGGAUAAUAUUGAAUUCAGAGGUCAUAAGCCACUUAACAGCAUCACUGUUUCAAAGAAACGCAAUUGGCUGUAUCAGAGUGUUCUGAAGCCUCUUAAUCUGGAAGAAGAAAAUAAGAAAUGCCAAGAUAGAAGUCAUUUAUCCAUCUCACCUGUGUCUCUACCUAAACAUCAGCUAUCACAGUCUUUCCUCAAAUCAUCUAAAGAGUACUGUACAUAUGUGGUAUGUAACGCUACAAACUCUUCAUUAUCGAAAAACUGUGCUUUAGAUUUUAAUGAGGAAGAUGAUGCAGAUGAUGAAGGAGAAAUAUGGUACAACCCCAUUCCUGAGGAUGAUGACCUUGGUAAAUCAAGUGCCUUGAGUUUUGGUGAGGCAGACUCUGCUGUUCUGAAGCUCCCUGCUGUCAGUUUGAGCAUGUUGUCUGGCAGUGACCUGAUGAAAGCAGAGCAGCAUACUGAAGACUUACUGUGCUCUUCCGAACAUGCAGGUGACAUUCAGAACACAUGGUCAAAUGGAAUGAAUCCUAUAGAUCCUGCCCAUUCCACAGAAUUUGUGCAGCAGUACAAGCAAAGGCUAGGACACAAGACACAGGAAGCUAUAAUGGUGGAGGACAGUCCCAUGUUGAAAUCUCCUUUUGCAGGUUCUGGGAUCCUGGCUGCUACAAAUAGUACUGAAUUGGGAAUUAUAGAACCAUCUUCUCCAAAUCUUAGCCCUGUGAAAAAAGGCAGUUCAAUUAAUUGGUCAUUGCCAGAUAAAAUAAAAUCUCCACGAACUGUGAGGAAACUUUCCAUGAAAAUGAAAAAGUUGCCAGAAUUUAGCCGAAAGCUAAGCGUUAAGGGAACAUUGAAUUAUAUAAACAAUCCAGAUAAUACUCCUUCUUUGUCUAAAUAUAACUGCCGAGAAAUUCAUCAUACUGAUAUACUGCCCUCUGGGAACACAACCACCGCUGCUAAGAGGAAUGUUAUAAGCCGAUACCAUCUUGAUACCAGUGUAUCCUCCCAGCACAGCUACCAGAAGAAAAACUCCAUGAGUUCUAAGUAUUCCUGCAAAGGUGGUUACCUUAGUGAUGGAGACUCACCUGAACUUAUAACUAAAGCUAGCAAACAUGGAUCUGAAAACAAAUUUGGAAAAGGAAAAGAAAUAAUUUCAAAUAGUUGUAGCAAGAAUGAAAUAGACAUUGAUGCUUUUAGGCAUUAUAGCUUUUCUGAUCAACCUAAGUGUUCACAGUACAUAUCUGGGCUCAUGAGUGUACAUUUCUAUGGUGCUGAGGAUUUAAAACCACCUCGGAUAGAUUCAAAAGACGUCUUUUGUGCAAUUCAGGUAGAUUCAGUAAACAAAGCAAGAACAGCUUUGCUCACAUGUCGAACAACAUUUUUAGACAUGGAUCACACUUUCAACAUAGAAAUUGAAAAUGCACAACAUUUGAAACUAGUAGUAUUCAGUUGGGAACCCACUCCAAGAAAAAAUCGAGUUUGUUGUCAUGGAACUGUUGUUCUUCCCACCUUAUUUAGAGUGACAAAGACUCAUCAAUUGGCUGUCAAACUUGAACCUAGAGGUCUUAUUUAUGUGAAAGUGACUCUUAUGGAACAGUGGGAGAAUUCUCUUCAUGGACUAGAUGUAAACCAAGAACCAAUAAUAUUUGGAGUUGAUAUUCAAAAAGUUGUAGAGAAAGAAAAUAUAGGACUGAUGGUGCCCCUUCUGAUACAGAAAUGUAUUAUGGAAAUUGAAAAGAGAGGCUGUCAGGUAGUAGGCCUGUAUCGAUUAUGUGGUUCGGCAGCAGUCAAGAAAGAACUGCGAGAGGCUUUUGAGAGAGAUAGCAAAGCUGUUGGUCUGUGUGAAAACCAGUACCCAGAUAUAAAUGUAAUAACAGGUGUUCUUAAGGAUUAUUUAAGAGAACUCCCUUCUCCUCUGAUAACAAAGCAGCUUUAUGAGGCUGUAUUAGAUGCAAUGGCAAAAAGUCCUUUGAAAAUGUCAUCAAAUGGUUGUGAGAAUGACCCAAGUGACUCUAAGUACACUGUUGACCUGCUGGAUUGUCUGCCUGAGAUUGAGAAGGCAACCCUAAAGAUGUUGUUGGAUCAUUUGAAAUUGGUGGCUUCCUAUCAUGAAGUGAAUAAGAUGACGUGCCAGAAUUUGGCUGUGUGCUUUGGACCAGUAUUAUUAAGUCAGAGGCAAGAGCCUUCCACCCAUAACAACAGAGUCUUUACUGAUUCAGAAGAACUUGCAAGUGCUUUGGAUUUUAAAAAACACAUUGAAGUUCUUCAUUACUUACUCCAACUCUGGCCAGUGCAGCGUUCAACUGUCAAAAAAUCAACAGACAAUUUAUUCCCAGAGCAGAAGUCUUCUCUGAAUUAUUUGAGGCAGAAGAAAGAACGACCUCAUAUGUUAAAUUUGAGUGGUACUGAUUCAUCAGGAGUACUUAGGCCAAAGCAAAACCGAUUAGACAGUCCACUUAGCAAUCGUUAUGCAGGAGACUGGAGCAGCUGUGGGGAAAACUACUUUUUAAAUACAAAAGAAAAUUUAAAUGAUGUGGAUUAUGAUGAUGUCCCUUCAGAAGAUAGAGAAAUCGGAGAAAAUUAUAGCAAAAUGGAUGGGCCAGAAGUAAUGAUUGAACAGCCAAUUCCCAUGCCCAAAGAGUGUACAUUUCAGACAUAUUUGACAAUGCAGACAAUUGAGUCUACAGUGGAUCGAAAAAACAAUCUCAGAGAUCUACAAGAAAGUAUUGAUACUUUGAUUGGAAAUCUGGAACGUGAGCUCAACAAAAACAAGCUUAAUAUGAGUUUUUGAGAUUGAGGGGUUUUUUUUUUGUAAUGUCUUAAAGUUUCAAAUCUGUUGUUAUUUUCUUAUACCACCCACAGUGAUGUUUUCAUUUUUUUACUCUUGAAAUCUUUAAUUAAUUUCUAAUAAGUUUAUCUGAUUCAAUUAAAAACACUAUUCAUUAAUAUAAUUUUUACUUAUCUCACUAGAGAACUUUUCUGGGGAUCAAUAAAACUUGGACUUCUUAGGAUAUUUUACUAAAUCUUGCCAACUCUAUGGAGAUAACUUUCAAAUGCACUUAAGGAGGUUCACAUAAGUUAUUAGCCCCUCAAAGUUUUUCUGCUUUAUGGGAACCACUCUUCUGUAGCUGAGACAGAUGUCCUUUUUUUUUGUUUCUUGAGAUAGAGUUUCACUCUGUCGCCCAGGCUGGAGUGCACUGGUGCGAUCUCAGCUCACUGCAACCUCCACCUCCCCAGUUCAAGUGAUUCCCCUGCCACAGCCUCCUGAAUAGCUGUGAUGACAGGCGCCCACCACCGUGCCCAGCUAAUUAUUGUAUUUUUAGUAAAGAUGGGGUUUCACCAUGUUGGCCAGGCUGGUCUCGAACUCCUGACCUCAGAUUAUCCGCCCACCUUGACCUCCCAAAGUGCUGGGAUUACAGGUGUGAGCCACUGCGCCCGGCCUCUAGAGGUUCUUUUAGAGGAACAUCACAGCUGCUCAGUCUGAUUUGCAGUACGGGUCCUGGUACACUGCAACAUCCUUUGGUCAAAUUUUAUUUGUAAUGCAAAUGCUGCUAUAAGAAAAUCUUUUUAUAAAUAAAAGUGAAAUUAUACAAGUAUUAAUGUUUUCUGUAUUAACAGUAAUUAUUUAAGCUUAUAAAAAUUAAAUAUUUUUAUAAUCCUGAAACUAUGUAUAUAUUUAUAAAUGCAUAUAUGUAUAGAUAUCAGGAUGGGGGAGGGAUUACUGUAGAAUCACAUGUAUUUUUAAAGUAUAUAUGUCAUGAGGCCAAAAUUAUUAUCUUAAAAUAUUUUUUUCAGGGAAAGAACAUUUAAAUUAAAGGAGGAAUUACAUAAAAACACUUGAACAAUAAUACUCUAGAAGCAUCUGAAUAGAAAUAAUAGACUUUCUUUCCUUUAUUCACAGAAAGUCACAAUGUCCCCUGGGAAAAGUCAUCUUUUAAAUUUGAAAUCCUCUAACUCCUUAAGGGAUUAAGUACCCAGAUUUCUGCACUGGUGACUUAGAUUUAAUAAAUCUGCCCCUGUUCUAUGCAUUUUUAUAUUCUGCUUUGUUUUAAUUAUUUAUUUGUAGUAGUACAUUUAUAACAUUGACUUUAUAAUUACCCCGAUUUGUUUCUAAAGUCUUGCCAGCAUAUUACAUGUUACUGAUUUUUAAAAAUUAACUUAUUUUGGCUAAGUAUAUAUACAAUGUUAUAGAAUCACAGUAAUGUUUGAAAAUGUAAAUUUAGAAGGCUUUUGUAUUAAAUCAAAAUGUAUUUUUUUAAACUUUUAUAUCUACAGAAUAUGUAAUUUUAAAAUUAUAAAUAGACUUUAAGUUACCAACUUUUAAGAUAUGGCAGCCAUUGAAAAACUGACUUCCUGAUGUUUUUCUAAAUAUUAAAGUACUUAAAAUAUUUCUAUGCAAUAAAUAUUGAUAAACAGACAUUAUUUAAUUUGAAAACCCAUUGUUAAAAAAGAUAAAUAUUUUUAUAUGCAAUUUUCAUUUUUUAAAACUUUGUGUUAACAAUUCAGAAGAAUACCAAGAGAACAUAUAUAUUGAGUAGUCAAAGGAAAGUACUCUUGAAUGUUUUAUAGGAAAGCUGUCUCAGUUUCCUUCCUUUUGUUGCUAUAUCAUGUAUGAAUUGAAUAAAUUGUUCUAGAAAUGUAAAAAUUUUAUUAAAAUAUUAUAAUCUUUGUGUUAUGCUCUACUAAAAAAAGACAAAAAACAAAAAAAAAAAACAAAAAAUGAGCCGGGCAUGGUGGCAGGCGCCAGUAGUCCCAGCUACUCAGGAGGCUGAGGCAGGAGAAUGGCGUGAACCCGGGAGGCGGAGCUUGCAGUAGCUGAGAUCGCAUGGUUUUAAGGAUCACUUAUUUUAAUAUUCUUUUUAAACAAAGGUGUUAAAGUUUUGGACCAUCAUGUAUUAUCCAUCAAUAUAUGUAAAUAACAUUUAUUUGUCCAAAAUUUUCCAGAAUCUGAGAUACUUUAAGGGCCAUGCUUGUAUUACUAUAUUACUAUGUUAUUUUGGAUGAGAAUAGUUUUAAAGUUGAUCUCUGCCCUCUUAGAGAAUUCUAUCAUUUUUUUGUUGUCUAAUCACCAAGUUAUAGCUAUAAACUGCUUUUAUUGACUCUGCUGUACCAGAAGUGUUGGAUAAGUUUAGAUGUCUUUACUUUAAAUGGCAUUUUACUGCAAAUAUUUUUUGAGAGUUUUUAUACCUGCUUUUUAUAAUUUCCUAGGAUCUUUCUGUAGUGUUAACUGUUGCUCCUUUCUGAGGCAGCCAGCUUUAAUUUUUCUUUUCUUUUUUUUUUUUUUUUUAAAUAGAGACAAAGUCUCAGUAUAUUGCCCAGGCUGGUCUCAAAUUCCUGGGCUCAAGCAAUCCACCCGCCUCAGCCUCCCAAAGUGCAAGUAUUACAGGCGUGAGCCACUAUGCUCAGCCUCUAAUAUUUUUUUGGAUUAAAAACAAUUUUAAUUUUAGAGCAUGUACAUGAAUAAAAAUUCUAAACAAUUCAGAUGGAUAGAAAAUAAAAGUACAAGUGUUUCUGUCUGCCAUCCACACCAAUUUCACCUCUUAGAGGUAACAGCACAUUUCUUGCUGCUGUUUAUCAUUUAAGCCGAAUUUGUCAUUUUAUGAAUGAUAAACAAUUUAUCUCACUUCAUUCCUUCUCACCAUUUUUGUUAUGUUUUUAGUUCAUUUGUUCUCCUUUAUAACUUUAGUUAAUAAUUUUUUUGAUCCAUUGAUUUUAAAUACAUUUCCCUAACAUUGAGGAAAUGACCAACCUUAUACUUCCCUUCCAACUCAUUACUGUCCUUUACCUCCUGACUUCUCUUGUUAUACUAUUAGUUUAUAUAAUCAGUUUUAAUAGAUGUAUAUUUUCCCUUUAUACUGUAUAUUUAUUUGUAUAUUGUAUAUACUGUAUAUUUAUUCUAAACACUGCAAAUCAGUAACUAGCAGUCACACUAUGCAAAAGUAUGCACAGGUAAACCAGGUGAUUUAUCUCCUUCUAUCUAUCUACCUUAUAUCCUUAAGUAUGUGCUGAUUUAAGCAGAAUGUUUCACUCAUAAAGGCCAGAUGGAUUCUUUUAUAGCCAGCCGUCAACUUCCCCAAAUCAUGCCAUGUGUCAUUUGCUACGUAAUUGGGUCAUGGCUUUUGCAUACUUUAAUGGUUCCUGGAGUAAGUAAUUGCUUUUAUUUCUUUUUUUUAAAAAAAAUCUUCCAAUAGAGACGGGGUAUUGUUAUGUUGCCAGGACUGGUCUCAAAUUUGUAGGCUCAAGCGAUCCUUUCCGCUUCAGCCUCCCAAAGUGCUGGGAUUACAGUUUGAGCCACUGCUUCCAGCCUGCUUUUAUUUCUUGACAGAAGAAAAACACUUGCUUUACUGUAGCUGUUCUUUUAAUCAUACUAUUGAAUUACUAGAUUUGUUCAGAGUGCUUUUAGCUCUCACCUUGGGAUUCUGGAACUGUAUUCUUAUCUUUAUUUUUUUUUUUGACAGAAUUGACAGGAAGGAAAAAAGUAUGUUCUUCACUCUAACCCUGAGAUCAUUUUAUGCUUCUUAAUCAGCUUCAUCGAAUUUGGACAAAGUGAUUUUUAGCUAUCAUCUUGGGAUGUAUUUUCUUUGUUCUCCUAUUUUUUCCUUCUUUCUUUUGUUUUCUUUUUUAUUCUGCUGCAUUGUUUCUUGAAUUUGUCUUUUCUGUUUGCUGAAGUAUAUUUACAGGUGCCUUUUUUUUCCCCCAGAAAGGGUACAUGGGAGAGAAACUUGAGUCCUUGUGUGUCUGACAAGGCCUUUAUUUUUUCCUCACACUUUAUUUUUAUUGGGCCUGCAGUCCUAUGUUCAAACUCACUUUUCUUUAGAAUUUUGAAGGCAUUUCACUAUUACCUUCAAGCAUCCAGUUUUGCAGUAGUCCAGGCUAGAAAGAUUCGGACCAGGAUAGAAACAAUAGAGAUGGUGAGAUAUGGUUGGAUUCUGGAUAUAUUUUGAAGCAGGAGCUAAAAGAAUCUGCCAGUGGACUAUGAAAGGAGUACGGCCUGAGCAGCUGAAUGAUGGAGCGCCAUCAAAUGAGAUUGAAAUGACUCCGUGUUUUUUCAGUGAGUUCCUUCUAUUGAACGUUGGUAUUGUUAAUAGUUAUUAAAAUGUCUUAUAAUGUCCUGUUAACGAUUAGUACUAAUGCAUCUGUACUUGGUGAUGGUGCUCAUAGAGUUACUACUAGAAUAAGAAGGCCAGAAGACUUCAUAUAUAUCUUUAUGUAUUUAUUUAUUUUGAGACGGAGUCUCACUCUGUCGCCCAGGCUGUAGAGCAGUGGCGCGAUCUCAGCUACUGCAAGCUCCGCCUCCCGGGUUCACGCCAUUCUCCUGCCUCAGCCUCCUGAGUAGCUGGGACUACUGGCGCCUGCCACCAUGCCCGGCUCAUUUUUUGUUUUUUUUUUUUUUGUUUUUUGUCUUUUUUUAGUAGAGACGGGGUUUCACUGUGUUAGCCAGGAUGGUCUCGAUCUCCUGACCUUGUGAUCUGCCCGCCUCGGCCUUCUAAAGUGCUGGGAUUACAGGCGUGAGCCACCGCGCCCAGCAAGACUUCAUAUAUAUUUAAGUAAAGUCCCACAUGAUAACUGUCUGGACCCCGUCUCUACUAAAAAUACAAAAAAUUAGCCUGGCAUGGUGGCGGGUGCCUGUAGUCCCAGCUACUCGGGAGGCUGAGGCAGGAGAAUGGCGUGAACCCGGGCGGUAGAGGUUGUUGUGAGCUGAGAUUGCGCCACUGCACUCCAGCCUGGGUGACAGAGGAAGACUCCAUCUCAAAAAAUAAAAUAUAAAAAAUAAAUAACUGUCUGGAAAAUUCCAGAUUAUGUAGCUUUACAUGUUAGGGACCCUAAAGAAACAGGGUUGAGUACUGGUAGGGUCCCUGAAAAGAAUUUAGUUUCCAGACCACAGAUUGACUUUGAUGGUUAAGAUUUUAUAAAUUAAAUAUAUCAAUUUUUAGGUACUUUGGUAUGAUAAAGUUGUAUUAUGAUUAAUAACAAGUCUUAAUUUGAGGCUUACUCACCUGAGGACUUUGGUACAAAAAUGCUCUUUUGCUCUUUUUCCUGACCAAUUUUCAUUCUGAAUGCAAUAAGGGUCACAUUUGAUAAACACUAAAGUGCCACAAGUCAGAUUUCUUGAUUGCAUUCUGCCUCAGCUAGAAAUGGACUUGCUAACUCAGGCAGAAGUUGAAUUUAUUGAGAAAAUAGUGUAUCAGAGGGAAGACUUUUAGGGUGCUGAAAGUCUUUUAUAUUUUGGUCUAGGUGGUGGUUUCAUAGGUGUUUACGUAUCAGGUUGCAUACUUAAGAUUUGUGCCCUUUAUAUGUCAUACCUCUAUUUUUAAAUUUUUUUUUUAAUGGGCAAGCUUGAGAAAUAGACUUGGAAAAUAAACAGAAACUAAGAGAGGUUAGGUCGUCAGAAUGACAGCAAUCAAGGCCAUGCCUGGUUACGACGCUGCUGUUGCUGUCACUGUCACUAAGCAGCCUCAUGUACUCCCCACUGGAGUUAGUUAGAAAACAUCCUCACUCUGCAUUACUCCUGAUUCACAGUCCUAGACAGAAGCAUGAGAUUGUACUCCAGCUUCCAGGAGGCAGAGAGGAAUUAGCUUGCAUCCUUUCUUAGAACUUACAUAGUAAGUAGAUUCUAUGACUGCAGAAGGAGAUUUGGAUGCUGAGCAGGCAAAACAGUGACAAAUAUACACAACACUUUCCUAAUCAUCUGAACCCUGUUGCUCCAAAAUUGGAGUCUUUCUUACCCCGUCCACCCUGUAUAUCCCAGCCAUCAACAGGUCUAAGUGCUGUGUGUCUGAAACUGCAUUGGAGUUUGUCACUGCUAACACCCUAGUCUAAGCCACCAUCAUCCCUCAAUCUCAUAUUUCGUCUCUGCUAUCACUUUCCCCUCUCCACACCCACGAUCCAGUCUAUUCAUGGAAGCUAAUAUGAAAAAGAUAAACUGCAUCAUUUCCUAGGCCUUCUCCCUUGCUCCCCGGCUCUAGCAACACUGGGGACCCUCAUUCCUGUCUGAGACUCUCAGCUCUUGCCAUUGCACCUGUCUGGAAAGCUCUUUAUCCAGAUGUUACUUAAGUAGCUCCUUUUUGUCAUUCGCUUCUCUGCUCAAAUGUCACUUCAAAGAGCCUGCUUCUGAACAGCCUGCUCUGAGAAUAAGGGGAAGAAGCAGAUGGAGAUUUCUGUUUUUUGUAACAAAUGCUAUUAAUAAAUACUUAUGGUACUAUCUGACUAAACUGCAGAUAUUUAUCACUUUGGUAAAUGUUUACAUUUAAACCAAAUUUAAGAAGAAAAAUGUUUAAAAAACUAUACCAACAUCCAUUGUCACUUUUUGUCAUAUCACCUGGGCUUAUUUUCAUCAAGGCUUUAUCAUUAUCUGAAAUUAUCUCAUUUAUUUAUUUGUUUAUUCAUUUAUUGUCUAUGUCCACUCCUCUAGAAUGUAAUCUCUAUGGCAGCAGGGACUUUGUAUAUCCAGUUCAUUGCCAUAUGCCUAGGGACUAUAACAUAGAAGCUAUUCAAUUAAUUGUUAAUCAAUGAAUGACUACAAUAAGAUACUUAAGAAUGGUUGUCUUUUUGUUAGGAAAAGACUAAGUACUAUAAUCGCAAUGUCUACAUAAUUUUAAAAAUAUUCACUCCUGAGUAAUAAACUAUUUGUGGUUAAGA